AAACGCGCCGCAAGCACAACGACAAAAGCUCAAAAUAACAAAAUGCCGCUGCAUAAGAAACAGGAUUAUAUACCCAUCAAGUGUGAGGGAUGGAACGGUAAAUUUGUUUAUCCCGAGGGCUCCAUGAACAACGUUUCCAAGAUACGUCGCCACAACCAGAUGGUCACCAAUACCAACAAUUUCUAUGGCUAUAGUACGGAACCCAUUGUCCUGCCCACCGCCUGGGAUGGCACAUUUGUGAAGAGCGGCGAAACACGCAUUAAGCCCGAACGCAAUCGUUCCGAUGAUCAGGAUUACUAUGAAUUCGAUACCAAUCCCACUAUAUUGCCCACCAGCUGGAACGGCGAGUUCGUCAGCGAUCCCACUGAUGUGCGCUACAAGCCCGAGCGUAAUCACUCCGAUCCUCGCGACUACGCCGAGGCCAAUCGCUUCAAGCUGGUGCCGCAAUAGUCAGAGUGAGAGUGAGGGGCGA